AGAUGUUAGAUACGAUAUGCUGAACUUUUUAAUAUUUCUAAACAUAUAUGAUACCGAUUGAUUAUUUAUUUAUGCUGCAGUUAUAAGUAUUUUUGUGAUAUUCAGGCAUUAUCUUUUACAAUGAAUCCUUUAACAAAUGUUAGAAAUAUAAAGAAACUCAAUGAGCAAGAGUUACGAGGUAGCAAUAAAACAUCAUGGCAUGACCAGUAUAAAGAUAGCGCAUGGGUUUUCGUUGGUGGUUUACCAUAUGAUUUGACAGAAGGUGAUGUGAUUGCUAUUUUUUCUCAGUAUGGUGAAAUAGUCAAUAUUAACUUGAUCAGAGAUAAAGAUACUGGAAAACAAAAAGGAUUUGGCUUUUUAUGCUAUGAAGAUCAAAGGAGUACUAUACUGGCAGUUGACAAUUUUAAUGGCAUAAAGAUUCUAGGCAGAGUAAUACGAGUGGACCAUGUUGCAAAUUAUAAAGUACCAAAAGAUUCAAAAAAUAUAGAUGAGGAAACGAGAAAGUUACGGAAAGAAGGUUGUGCUCCAAAAGAUUGAGAUAUACAUAAUCUAAUGAUAUCAAGACGAGCCGAAUUCGCUCAUCCAUUUUUCAUAUUUUUCCAAAUCUUCCUGGGAGACACUUUUGUUACAUCUCUCAACGGCUUCGUCGAAAUCUGCGGCAGACACAGGCAAAUCCAAUUCCUCUUUUGGUAAUUGCCUAAUCUGAUCUGGUCGGAGACCCGCGAUUUUCUUUCGCAUUAGCAUCAUAGAUGCAUCCCUGAAGGAUAAUAUCAAGUAAAAUAAGCUACAAAAUA